AUUAAAGAAGCUGUGGUAGUGAACAGAGGGAAGAUCUGCAUUUUAAACACCGAAUGAUAUUUCAAUUAUUUUUUUGUUUUGUUGGUUUUUUGUUUAAGUGACAGUGUGUUCAGUGAGCUGGAACAACUGAGUUUUGGAAUAAUCUCUAGUAGUAUCGUAUUUUUUUUCAUAGACUGCCUGCCCAUCAGAGCACAAAACAGAAAUCGAUCAAAAACCGUUUUUCAAAUCCUCUUUCUGAGAAAACGCAAACUGUCUGACUGAUUUCUGUUUUUCACACGACUAACAAAGCAGUCAUUUCGCUCUACCAGUUAGGGAUUAUGCAAUAGGCUACCGGUAUAGCCUGCUACAGUGCUCAAGAAAACCAAAACUUUAGCUAAACAUUGCUAAAUAACAUAAUAUUGUAUUUUUCAACCAAAUCAUUAUUUUGACGAAGAUGAGGCAGGCAAUUCUAUGCAAGAUGAGACGGUUUCCGUGGUUCACCAACGUAACUCUCUACGGCUGUCUGUUUGCCAGCGGCGACUUGGUACACCAGUGUUUUACCAGAAGGGAUCUGGACUGGAGACAGACGCGCAAUGUGGCCGUGGUGGCAUUUAGUUUCCAUGGCAAUUUCAGCUACCUGUGGAUGCGGAGUUUGGAGAGGUGUUUCCCCGGGAGAGCUGUUAGCAUGGUCCUGAAGAAGGUGUUAUUGGACCAGACAGUAGCGGCACCUUUGGCAACCAGUGUCUUUUACACAGGAGUCAGUCUACUUGAAGGCAAAGAGGAUGUUCUGCAGGACUGGAGAGAGAAAUUCUGGAACACAUACAAGACAGGACUCCUGUAUUGGCCCUUCAUGCAGUUGCUGAACUUUCUUCUGGUCCCGUUGUAUCUGCGUACGUCCUUCACGGGCUGCUGUGCCUUCCUGUGGGCCACCUUCCUGUGCUUCUCGCGCCAGUGUGGUGAUGGGACCAUGAGCGCCGCGCUCGCCUGGGUGUUGUCACCGAAGGAGGCCCCGUCCUUGACGAAUGCUAAAGAACAGAAAUAAAAAAACUUCAAAACCUCAAACAACCUCAACAGAAACAGAAAACAAGAUACCAGGAAUGACCCCAAACAGUCCCUGUUUUAACAACAACACACCAACGCCACCAGUUCCCAUGCUGUAGGAAACAGGUGAACUGAUGUCUUUAUUUAUGUUACUGGACCAAAACUUGAAUUUCACUGCUGCUAUCUGCCUUCUGGUGUUUAAAACAUGUAAUAUUUAGAUACUGAUAAAACCGUCCCUCUUAAUUACUUCAGGAAAUGAAGCGAGCUUGAUUUUAUUUUAAUGUUCUGUUUCUCUAAUUUGUGUAGUUAUUUCUUAUCUACUCUGUCUUCCAGCUGACUUUCCUCUGCACAGGGCAUCUAUUCAGCUGUGCGGGUUUUUCAUUUCUUCUUUCCAAAAUGUCCUACAAUAUACAGAGGCAGCAGACAAGAGUUAAAAGGUAGCAAAAUGACAUCACCUUUUGGAAUGAGAAAAUAAAAGGUCUGGCAGUCAUUUAGCUUAGACUAAAGUGGGGUUAGCUCAAAAGCUUGUAAAGAUAAAUAAAAUAAUGAUGAACAUCAUGAACUGCAAUGGGAAGAUGCUUACCUACGUUUUGUGGUUUAAUAUUGAACACAAGUUGAGAUGCUUAUGCUUGAUGUAGACUACAAGGAUGACUAGGAAAAUACAACAUACAUGAAAAGGCAAAAGUGCAAUAAGUUGGUACAGACAUUGGCACCGUUUUAGUUAGUAUGCAAGUUAGCUAUAAGUAAAUGUUAUCCAGGGUUUUAAAUCUGCACUUGUAUUUUGUAGCAAUGUACAGCAUUCACCACACUUCAUUGUUAUAUAUGGCAAUCUAUGGCAUCCUGUUUAGUGAAUGGGCUAGUUUGCUGGGACACGGUUCAGUAAUUCCAAGUGCCUGGUUUAAUUUAUUCCUUUUCAGUCCUUGAUUUUCUGUUUCUGUGAGCGCUGUGUCUCGCCGUCGAGGCAGUUGAAUUAUUUUGCCAGUUGUUUGUGGAAAUUGCUGCCUUUGUGGGAGGAUGAGAAUAUAGAUACUUCAGUAUUUUUAUCAUGUGAUGUCAAGGCAGGUCUUUUGCCACUUAGCUGAUGUGGAAGUACUUUAUUUAAUUGUAGAUAUUUAUACAUGUACAGUACUUGAUUGACAUUAUGAGUCUGAUUUAAAAUAAAAAAACAAACAUGUUCCUGUACUAUUACAAAGUUAAAAAAGAAAUCUGAAUGGUCAACUACAGAAUCACACAAGAACCUCUGUUAUUUGUACAUGUUUUGUAACAUUAGUUUCUUCUUAAAAUGAGAUGUGGAGCAAACUUUUAAAUCGGCUCCUAAUUUUGUGUCAUUCCCACAAAGUAUUUAUUAAACGGGAACAGGAAAUAACUCAAAACUGUCUGUGUUAUCAAUAUGAAUAUGUUGCAUGCAUUGUUUUCCAGAUUUUUCUAUUUGUAUUAGUAGUGCUACCGAUACCUAAUAUUUUAAAUAAUAAUUCUAAAAUCUUCUUGUGCAUUGUAUUUAAUUUAAUACAAUUUGUGUGCGUUUAAAUACAUUUUAACUGGA